AUGAGGAGCCGGAGUGCACUGCGACGGCGCAAAACGAUUGCAUUGCUUGCGGCCAUUUGUCUCUGCUCGCUGCCGGUGCCAUACUUGUUCUUCUACGCGCGAAAUGAAGAGCCAUCGGUGGAGGGGAAACUAAACGUGGCUUCAAAAACACUGAGCUUCACGAGUGUCCUUCGUGGAGAGCAUUGCGUCGCAUACAACAUCACUAGAGCCGAGAAAUCAUACCUCGUCGACGGUUUACAUCCAAUAACACUGGCCAGCCAUGCGACCGCCAACUUCUUCCCGUUGAUUUAUGAUCAAGCAUCCGUUCGACUUCACGAAUGCAAUUUCCAUUUCCGAGACAAGCUGUCGUUGCACGCCGUCUUCAGUCCAACCCCAUUCCACGACGUCUUCUGCCCGCCGAUAGUCCUCUCGCCAGCCGAUGUUUUGUGCAGCGACCUAAGCUUUGUAUAUGCUAGACAGUCGGUGGCCCAUCUUUUGGCGCCGUUCCAGAUCUACCCGAUCAAUUUGAUGCGCAACGUCGCUAGGAUUGGCGCAAGAAGCCCUUUUCACUUUGUAACCGACAUCGAGAUGGUGUUUUCGAAAAGCUUUGCUACUCGCGCGCAGCCGGUAGUCAAUUUAUACUUGAACGAAACCGUGAAAAAUGCGCUGGUGAUCCGUAAAUUCGAGGUACCUUUAAAAUCUACUCCUCCACGCUACCUCGGUGAUAUAGCGGCUCGUUUGAGGAACCAUACAGCUUUCGAAUUCCACCACAAAUUCUUUCCGCUGGGCCAUACGAUUCCAGGCCUAUGGCAUUGGCUGAGGUUGUCAAAGAACCCCCAAAUUUCGGUCUAUGAGAUUCCAUACAAAAGCCCGUCUUGGGAGCCGCAAUUUAUUUUACAUGAAUCUGCUCCACUCAAUGAAGAGCAAGUUCCCACUCGGCACCGUGAUCAGCAAGUAUUAUGCUGGGAAUUGUGCCGAGCCGGGUACAAUUUCCUUCUUGCCAGCCACCUCUUCAAUGUGCACAAGGGCAUCAAGUUGGCCGAGACGAAUCUCGACAUGGCUGUCAAGCGACACCAAAUACCUCUAACUAAGCCGUCCCUAAAACAUUUUGUCGACCGGAUACGAGCGCAGUACGGUGAUGCCUUUGAAAAGAAAUGUGGUCGUUUUGUGAUUGAU